AUGAAUAGGGUUGAAGCUACAUUUGGCUGGAAUGGCAGAUGCACUAUCCUUCCAGGUGCGCUCUCAGCAUAUCGCACAAUCGCAAUCAAACCGUUCCUUGCAAGUCUUCGCGAAACCACGUUCAUGGGUACACCAGUUAAGUAUGGAGAGGACAUUGAGAUAACGCUAGGUUUACUGUAUGCUGGUUGGAAAACGGUGUACCAGAGUAAUGCUGUUGUCCACACCAUUGCGCCAGAAGAUGCUACUCGAGCAUUCUUGAUGUACACGCGUAGGGAAAGAAGUUCGUACGUGCAUUUGCUGUCAAGCUUCACUAAGACAACCUGGCCUGCCGUCCUCAGACAACUUGGUACCCAGCUUCUCAAGGAUGUGAAAGUCAACACUGGAAGCCAUUUUUAUGUUGACAUAUAUGAGGAAGAAAAGCAUUCUCGACGUACUGCCAACUCGGACGCUGCGUCAAGGACAGGUAUAGGGUGCCUAUUCUUGCUCACCAAUCUCACAUCAACCACUGUGGGCAACUGGUUUGUUCCCCUUAGCCUUGUACGCUCAGAUGUACAUGGCUAUCUCUCGCCCUGA